GUGUGUGUGUGUGUGUGUGUGUGUGUGUGUGUGUGUGUGUGUGUGUGUGAACUGAAACCACCAUUUCAGCUCAGAGCCUCUCAGGGAGAGACAUCAGCAACAAGUGAAUGACACUAAAUUGAGAGAUGAACAGAACAGGAAGGAAGAUUGGGGAUUUUCGUGAGAAUUGAGUGAGAGAAAGCAGCUCAACAAAGAGAAGCGGUGGAUGAAAAGUUGAAGAAGGGCAAGAUGAGGAUGGCGUGUGUUGGUUGAAGCUUUUUCUGUUGCUGCUUUAGGAUGCUACGACGCCGAGAAGGUUCCAUACAGAGAGCUGACCAUGUUCUCACCUGAAGAUCUGACAGCCAGGAUACCCGCGUGAGGCACUCCUCCACAUCUGUGAUGCUGCAGCACAAACGUCUUCUCUCCAUGAUGGAGGCUCAAACAGCAAACUACAAGCAGCUUUCCUGAUAGAAACCCCUGCAGCAGACCUGUGGGGCGGCGAGCUACCUCUCAGCUUUAGGAUGAACAAUUCCAGCUGUCAUGAUGCUAGCCUGAAGAGUUACCAGCACCACGUCUACGCGGUGGUGUACAGCGUGAUUUUAGCACCAGGCCUGCUCGGAAACGUCUUAGCGCUCUGGGUGUUCAGAAUCUAUGUCAGAGAAACCAAGAAGGCUGUGGUGUUCAUGAUGAAUCUUGCUGUGGCUGACCUGCUGCAGGUGUUGUCUCUUCCUCUGCGGAUCUACUAUUACCUGAAUGGCACCUGGCCCUUCAGUCACCUCCUCUGCCUGAUUUGCUUCUACCUGAAAUUUGUAAACAUGUAUGCAUCCAUCUACUUCCUGGGAUGGAUCAGUGUGCGCCGCUGCCAGCUCAUCAUGCGCCCUCUGAGAUACAACUCCUCAAAGCAAAAAGGAGACAUUUUCAUAUGUGUGACGGGCUGGUUUCUGGUCUGUUUGGGCUGCCUGAUUUUUCCUCUGAUGAGGAACCUCAGUUCAGACAGCAAUUCAAAUGAUUCCCAAUACUGUUUUGCAGAGUUGCCUUUGAGGACCAUCAGUCCUUCAGCCGUCUGGGUCCUUUUGAUAAUAGCAGAGCUGGUAGGCUUCAUCCUGCCCCUCGUGGUGGUGGUGGUCUGUGCUUGUCUGACUGCUGGGAGUCUCCGAGAGAAGACGGAGGGGGUUGUUCCAGACAGGGGGGAGAAGCGGAGGGCAUUAAGGAUGGUGCUAAGCUGUGCUGUGGUCUUUUUGUUAUGUUUUGCACCUUACCACAUCACCAUGCCCAUGGACUUUCUAGCCAAAGCCAACACCCUGAGCGACUGCUCCCUCCGAGAUCUGGUUCUGCGAUGCCACACCGUCACGCUCUCCCUGGCCAGCCUGAACUGUGGCCUCGACCCGCUCAUGUACUACUUCACAAGUGAUGAAUUCUGGAGGCAACUGGGUAAACCAGAAAUAUCAGAGAGUAUGAUUCUGAGUAGGCGCCUGUCUUGUAUAACCGGAGGGGAGGACGUAGACGAUGACUAGUUUAUGUUUCGAUGUUACUGAGGAGUUAUUCACAACCACCAAUCCCGGUGCGUUCCCAGAGUGAAGGAUAUUCAUGCAUAAGUGUGUGAAAAAGACUUGAAAGUGUCAUUUUUAUUGUUCGUCAUUGAAGCCUGUAGUUUUUUUUACUCAUUUUCGAGUGUGACGUUUACGCUCACAUUUAAUAAACUUUGUUUAUUUGAAGAGAUCCUUCCCAAAAAACCAUUUUUCACUCAUUAUUUUUUAAAAUGACUGGUCACUCUGAGUUUUUCAUGCAGGCUGAACAUGAAAAUGGUCUCCUCCACCUCUCUCCUGCAUUGGCUUCUGAUAGAUGAAGAUGAAACUAGGAUUUAAAAAUCCUCACAGAUCUAAGUCACACUGUCACAUUCAUGGAUUCACCAAUGGACUUGUGAUGGGGAGGUCUGUUGUUGGUUUAGCAUCCAGGAAACGCACAUUAGCAUUAGCAACUCCACCACACAGCAGAACUCCUCCAGGCUCGUGUUAUUUGUGGAGAUAAAACAUCACAUAGCAGAGGAAAUGGAGUCAGUGGUAGAGUCACAUUGCUGUUAGCCAAUCCGAGGAAACAUCUCCAAAUAUCAGGAAACAAGACUCCAAAUCCUGUCGGCUGAAACAGACGCACCGGGGCUUUUUUUUCCCCAUGGUACAACUUACAAUGUAUUUAUUCCUACUAAAGACCACUGCAAAUUUAUUAACUCAUUCCCUGCCAUUGACAACUAAAGUCGUCAACAGCGUUUUUAUACGGGGCGGGCAUAGGAAACGAGCUCCCGCACCUUGAGAGUACCUUGUAAACCAUCACGGCUCUAAAGCUGAUCUCCACCCGUGUGUGCCAUGAUGCAGACAAUCCAUGAAUUAAGAGAUCAUUUUGGGAGGUCACUGUGCUCAAAGCCAGGAGCUAACCGAAAAAGCUUCUGCAGCUCACACUUCGACGACGGAUUGUGAAAGAACAGAAAAAGCUAGAAAGGAGCUGUUUUUCCUGCUAUAAGAAGUGAGUCUACUUUUUCUUUUGGUAGUUUCCACGUGCGUUUACAUGAUCAUAGAACACAAUAUUCUGUGGGUGUGUCCGAAUCCACAGGAAGGAUGCUUAUGAGUACGGGUCCUCGCCGGUCUAGCAAGGCCGGGUCCUUGAAGACCGCUAAGACCGGAAGUCAGCGGCUCUGAAUUCGGACAGUCUAGCCUUCACCUCUACGGUGACCCGUAGGUCUCCUCACGGCCGUGGCGGCAGCUACACGCAAAGGAAAAAUGCUAAAGCUAGCGAAAAUGGAGCAGGAAUAUUAAGGAGCUGCAGCAGCUUCACGUCCAUCAGCAGCGUUUGUUCACAACCGUUUUCAGGUAAAGUAACUUUGUUUACUCUAGAAGCUUUCAGGACUUACAUGUUAACUUUAGAUGGUUUCGUGUAUGUUUUAAGCUACAGAAUGAACUUGUUAAACGUACACAACACAUUACUACAGAGUAUUAUCAUGUAGGUAAUUAAUAUAAACCAAAUGCAUUAUAAAUGUUGAAUGCAGUCGGAUGUUUUCUAAUGUAAAUUGGACCUUAGAACUUAUUUUGCAUCAAAUGAGGGUAAAAUGCUUUAAAAAACAGGCUUUUUAAUAAAAUAGCAUUGAACUGUUUUCAGUGUGCAUUUGUUUAUUCAACUUAAGCCUAAUAAUGAUUAGAUCUGUCUUAAAAAUGUAAAUUCUCUGUAGUUUUCCCUGCUGCUUUUCUUUAAACUGAACAGAACCAGUGUACUGCAGGUUAAAGGUUUUGUUUUACAUUUUUCUAUAAAAAACACUUUUUAAUCUAUUACAGGUCAGCAUGCACUGUGCUGCACAUCUGCAUCGGUGCUGGUGAAGUUGUGGGUCUGGAGGAUGAGCGUGAGGAAGAUGUUUGUGGAGGAGGUCAGUGGUGCUCUGUCCUGGAGGAGGUACCAGCAGACCACCACUGCUGUUAACAGGCAAGUCAUUCACAGAGAUGUAACAGCCGUCGUCUGAGCCAGCCCAGCAGGCCCUGUAGAUGGACGAUGGAGUGGACAGUGAGAGGAAGCGUCCCAACGCUCUCUCUGCAGACCGUCCUGUAUGAUGUUCCUCUGGCCAGAAACGUCCAGCCACGGGUCUGCUCCAGCCCUCCAUCCACGUCUGGAUCCUCCUGCAGCAGAUCCAGCUGCACUGAUAAAGACUUCCUGCUCACUCAGUUUAAAUAAAAGAUCCAGGAAGAGUCACUCAGGUUAAUCCUGCUUUAACCGUACAAAACUGGUCCAUACUGGUUUUGAUCUGUAAAUAAGUGUAACCUAUUAUAAAUAAUCUUGUCUCCUUACCAUCUUUUCAUUUUCUGUUCAUGUAACAUGUUCAAAAACAUCUGUAAUAAUAAAACUGGUGAUGAAAUCAAUGACCAGAAAGAGUUAUCAGUUAGUAUUUGUUUUAAUAAAUGUGUUCAAAUAUCAAACAGCUAAAUAACAUCAACAUGAUGACAGUAGAAGGCCUCUCUCCCAGGAGGACCACCAGGUAAAGCCACUCCUGACCCUGGACACCUGCAGUCCUACAGAGAAAAUCAGACCACAGGUGACAAAAGGGCAAUAAACACAUUUUUACAUUUUUCUACAUGGGAAGAUAAAACUUUUAUUCUUCACACAAACUUUUUACUUCAUUAAAACGUGUCAGCUGUGUAAAUCCCUGAAUGUAAAACUACUUUUCACAGAAGAACUACUGUGGUUGUGUGUAAACAGCUUCACUCUUCACCUCUAAGCUUAAUAAAAACGCUUCUUUGCUCCGUUGUCCUUAAAACAAAUGACAAGUUUAAUUCGCCACACACACACACACACACACACACACACACACACACACACACACACACACACACACACACACACACACACACACGGGAAUAACUGGGACCUGCGACACAAACUCAUUCUGGCUGAUUUCUGCCUAAAAUGUAAUAAAAAAAAACAAAUAUACAAAUGAAAAAUGUCUAUAAACUGAACCGCUUUAAGCUUUUUAGGUUUCUACGGCUAGUUUUUAACAAACUUACGUUUAAAACUUCGUAGCUCUCCCCAUUUUCUCUUCCUGUUGAAAAUCCACAGCCGGCGUGCAAAGCAUGCUGGGAUAGCCUUGUUCUGUGAGGAGACAACAGACCCAUCCUCGAAAUGUGGGCGGAGCGAGGACGAGUUUGAGUAUUCUUGGAAUUCAAACAGUACUCGUCGCUGCGCUGUGACGUCAUCGACCUCAAAGUGCGCUCUUACAAGAAUCCUUCCAGUGGAUUCGGACACACCCUGUGACUCUUAAAAAAAACAGUAAAAAUGCUCUAAAACGCUGGCAGUCGAGCUUUCUGUUCAGAUAACGGCUACAGUGAAUGGGUUAAACAUAUGAGAGAAGGACCUCUUGAAAAGGCACCAAUUCACAACAAAGUCAUCUCCAAGUUCUUUUCAUGAAGCUACAAGUCCAUUUUUUCUCAGUUUCAAUUGUCAUGUCACAUUUAAUGCAACUAUUGCAUUCAGGACACAAAUGUGUGGCGAAGGAGGUGCGAAGUGACAAGAUCACAUGCAAAUGAUGGAAGACAGAUGUUUCCCUUCAUCACUUUGUCACAAGUUUGUCAGUUCUGAUUAAACAACUUUAGAAUCUGCAUGCACAUGCUAACGUGUAGCAUUCAUGUUACCCGUGUGCUACUUUACACCUGUUUCUGGUCAUGCAUUCUGGUAUAUUAUUCACAUUUGAGUCUGGUGGUAGUCCAUUUUAAACGAUACUGUGAGCAACUAAGUCAAAUAAUAGAUUCCCAGCAAAAAACAAACCAACAAACAAAAAAUAAACUGGGCUUGGGUUGUAAUUGAAAACUUGAGAUGCUAUAGUAUAAGGAGAUAUCUGAAGAUCUGGGUCUUCAAGAGUUUCUUGGAGAGACAGCAUGGUUGCCUGUGAUCUGGUAGCACUCAAUAGGUCAUUGCACCAUCAUAGAGAAAUGCUGGAAAAGAGUAUGAAUUGCAUGGUGUCGGUACUGCCAGCCGACAAUCCUGUGAUGAUCGGAGUGACGGUGUCACGAUUUGAGGAUGGUUAGGACCCAAAAUGCAGAUUACCCCAGAAGACAAUAGGCAGGAGCGUUUUAAAAAUAAAUCCUUUAUUUAGGAUGAUGAACUAAAAAUCCAAAGGGGCAGGAAGCCAAAAACAAAAAUCCUGAAUCAGGAGAACAAAAGCUCACUUAGAGCACAAACCUGGGGAGGAGACACAAAGCUCACACAGAGCACCAAAACAAUGCUGACAACAACAAUGGACCAACAAGACACUGAGACAAGACAGGGUUGUAUACACUGGGCAUUAUGGGAGGCAGAUGGGCUGCAGGUGUGUGGAGAGAGAACCAGGUGAAAGCAAUUAACUAAUCAGGAAGGAAACUAACAUGACCUAAGAGUAGAGUAAAAAACCUAAAGACGAGAUGAGUAGCAAAAUAACUAAUAUUCUAAGGGGAAGGGAAACUACAAAAACCUGUGGAAAAAACACACUAAAGAGACUAAUACAAUGAGAAGCUGAACCUAUAAAAAACUGUAGAGGGGUGACUGGGGGGAGAUUGAAGGUACACAGGACCUGGGAGGGAAUAUCUGGAGAGCUGAAGACCAGGGGACACAUGAGGAACACAAAGAGACACAUAAGGGGGAUUCUUAGGGGGGAAUGGAGCACACAAGGAGACACACGAGGGAGACGCAGACACAGACCAUUACAGAUCGGGAUUUUUGUUUAAGCCUUUACAAUGAGGUGAGGGUGGAUGUGUGCUCUUUUAGGGUGAUUGAGAUGUGACACACUAUUCUGGAUCGUUUGUAGAAAUUUCACUGAUGAAACAAAAUAAACAGCAAGUGUCUAGAUUAAAGAUAAUAAGGCAAGAGAGAGAACUGAAAUGUUAAUUUGUUUGGAUACGUAUGUCCAAAUCUGAGGUCCAGGUUCUCAGUAUGAAAUGUAUAGAUCCCCCAGCAUGGGGGUGAGGUCUUGCCUCACAUGGAGGAGAUUAAAGUAGCAAUAUGUGAGAAUUUUACAAUGAAUGAUCACAAAACAGUCUACUGUCUCAAUCAUCUGCAGGUGGGUGGUCACCACCAGGUUUUCUCCUUUUAAAAUGGUCUGACAGACGUAGACACUGUUUAAAAUCUGUGUGGCCAUCUGACACUAGUAGGCUAAAAGCUCCAUAAUUAAAAAGAACUGAAGCCAGUAACAGGAAUGACCCAGAAGUUGUUUCUUGUACCACCUAAGAAGGGUAAAGCAGGCUAGAAGCUAACGUUGAGCUAACAAUGCUAAUGGUGGAUUUGACUCGAACAUUGACUGAAAAUAUUUUAAGCAGUGGCACCCCCAUGGGGUGGCCAUUUCAAAAAAUAUAUGUUUCUGCUGCUCACCAAAAAAUUAAAAAAUAAAGUUUAUAUCGCCAUUGUUCUUUGUGAAGACAGCAAUAGAUGAAUUUAACACAAAAAAAAGUCUAAAAAGAAAAACAUUUUAAAUACCUGAAGAAGUUUUCUGAAAUGUUUGUGUUUCUGAAGUGUUUUGGACACAUAUUGUUUUUUAAUAAAAAAGAAUAGAGGAGCAAUGUGAUGCAUCGCUACAGGCUAAACUCUCCCAGAGUUACCACAAGGACCAAUUUGGUUUGCCACCCCAAAAUGUUCUUUGGCCCCGUCUAGCCACAUUUAUAAACAUUUUCUGGGGGCGCCUCUGAUCUUAGGCUACUUUUUCAAUUACCAACAACUAAAUAUUACAGUGAAAUGUAUGUGUGAAGUGAAUAAAGAAUCAGCCGUGGCGUUUUACCCCCUUUAAUAAGCCGUUCAGAACUAUAACAGCAAGACGGCAAACAACUACACUUCCUCUUAAUGCAGGAGGCUUACUACCAUAAUAAGUGUAGUAGGUGCUCCACAGUAAAACACCCAAGAGUGCAAACACCAGAUAACGCUUUUAUAAACAAAUAAACUCACUGUUUAUAACUUGUCUUUGCUCAUCAUCAAGAAUCUUCUGGCGCUGAUCCGUAACUGGCAACAGUUAAGAAAUUCACGAAAAAGGAGUGAGAAAGUGACUUUUUGUUUAGAAAAAUGGACUGCAGUACCCACAUUUGACUACAAGAUGUCAAUCCUUCUUAUUGCACUUUUAAGUAUCACAGAGGUCAGCACUGACAGAGGGAGCAGGCGAAUGGGUGGAUUGGGGCAGUGUCUUCAGUGAUGUGGAUGCUGAACUGGUCUUUUCUGGUGCAGAUGGAGCUAACCCAAAAUAUAAAGCUCAACAGGGUGGAAAGGCUCAGCCUUAUAGGGUGCACCCUAGACAUUUUAAGGCCCCUCCUGCAAACAAGACGAUCUUUAUGAGCUUUACAUCUUUUGAGACACUUUUGUAUGUUUCAAACAUUUAUUGUGAAGGACUGACUUUUGUUAUUUUUGUCUAUUGUGAAUGGUGCUGUAGAUGUAGCCCAAGGACUUCUCGUAUUCAAUAAAAUGCCUAAUUACAUUGUAAAGAAACUGAUGGUCAAAAAAGAUGGUUAGACUAUAACACCUUCUAUUUCUGUGCACAUCUGCAGAUUCUGCAGUCCUCUGAUGGUAAUGUAACUUUGUUACGUGAUGUAUUAGUAUCUGUCUGUUGGAUCUUCAGUGUUAAAUAAUAAGGUUAAAAUAAAUCAAACACUUAAAAUGCACUGCCCAGCCAA